GCCAGCUAUCCCUCUACUCAGCUCCUUUUUACUGCACGUACAAGGCUUGUGACAGCAGCGUGUGGAGAAAAUGCUGUUCGAAUACAGCUGAAGCAAGGCUUGUGAUUGAAAUGAGUUUUUACAGUACAUCGAACUGGCAGUAACACCCCAGCAGAAAGUAUUCCUGCUCACCUCCCCCACGUCCAACCACUACCUCCCCUUUCUUCAAUCUACCUGAGUACAAUAACCACGCUCUCUUAAUUGUGACUACACUGUUCUGUAUCACUCUUCUAGGAUGGCAGAGGCUGAUCUGCAGAAGCAAAGACUCCAAGCCAUAGCAGAGAAAAGGCGGAGGCAGACGGAAAUAGAAGACAAAAGACACCAACUCGAAGAUAAAAUACUUCAGCUGCAGCACCAUAAGUCCAAAGCCACGCGAGAGAGAUGGCUGCUGCAAGGGAUCCCUGCUGUGUCAGCUGAAGAGGAAGACGCCAGAAGUAAGCAACUCCAAUUGGAUGAGAGCAAGGCAAAAAAACUGGAGGAAGCCAUUAGCAGACUCGAGGUGGAAAUAGAACAACUAGAGACAGAAGAAUCCCAAAUCGCUGCCAAAGAGCAAAUCCUUCGGGAAAAGCUACGGGAAGCUGAGAAAUCUAUCGAGGACUUGCAGAAGGGUUUCUCCAAUCCUGAUGGAGCAAUGUAUGCCAUGGAGGUCAACGUACAGAAAGACAAACUGACAGGAGAAACCAAGAUCCUCUCAGCUGCUCUUUUGAAUCCUGAGGGAGUUCAUCAGAGAGGGGUUGCGGUAUAUGAUGAUGGCAGCAAAGUUGUGUAUGAGGUACGUUCAGGAGGUGCAGUGGUGGAGAAUGGAGUGCAUCACCUCACUACAUCGGAAGUAGAUCAGUUGAUACACAGAGCGGGGAGAAUAAAUGUGAGCGGCAACAAAUGUUUGCCAGAAUCGCUGACUGUAUCGGAGAGUAGUGCAUCCCCUGACAAUACCAGGAGCCCUGGAGAUAGUGGACUUAAGAAAGAUAUGAUCCACAAGGAAGCUAAACUGGAAAUGGUCCCUAAAGCGCUUCACGUGGGGAAAGCAAUCCAUCAGAUUCCAACUGGAGAGGCCCCUAAGGCCAGUGCUGAGCAUCCAGUGACGAUGAUCUUCAUGGGCUAUCAGAACGUGGAGGAUGAGGAGGAAACAAACAAACUGCUGGGCUAUGAGGGCGCCAUCCAAGCAGAGCUGGUCCUGAUCGACGAAGACGACGAGAAGUCACUGCGAGAGAAAACGGUGACGGACGUCUCUACAGUAGAUGGCAACGCAGCCGAACUGGUGGCUGGCAAGUCCACAACCGAGGCUUCAGAGACACUCUCAGCAGAGGAGAAUGAAGGGACGGACACUGGAACAGAGCCAGCCACAGGUACAGACAAGAAAAAGCGUUGUAAGUGCUGUACUGUCAUGUGACCAGCCCACUAGCCUUCACGGUCACGCUAUCUCUUAUUAACUUUAACCUCGUUUUACUAAUCACACUGUCAGAAUGUGAACUGGGAGGAGCUGUCUCCUCCCUCCUCCCUUACUUUGCUGUAAAUUCUCCCUUUAAUGUUCGACUAACUGUAGCAUA